AAGCUGCAGGCGUCUCUGCGCUGCCUGGCGCCGUGCGGACGCUUCCUCGAGAUCGGGAAGGUCGACAUUCAAAACAAUAGCGCUAUUGGGAUGAGGACGCUACAGCAUGAGACAAGCAUCCACGGUAUAAUGCUGGACUUGCUCACCGUGCAAGGCGACACGCCUCGAAUGCGAGAGCUAAAGAAGCGUCUACAGCGACUGCUGGACGAGCGCGUCGUUCGCCCAGUGAACGCGGAAGUGCUCUCUCGCGAUCAGGUGGAACACGCCAUACGGCACAUGGCGGCGGGCAAGCACAUCGGGAAGGUGGUGAUCCGCGUGCGGGAGGGCGAGGAGG